GCCACGCCGACUAGCUAGCUUCUUCCUCCUCCCCCCAAUCUUGGUCACUAGCGCCAGCUUGCUUGCUACUGCUCCGGCGAGCUCGAGCUCCUCCUCUUGCUCCUGCUGCUGCCAUGGCGGCGCCUCUGCUCCUCAUGCUCCUGCUCGCCAUGUUCACCGGCUCAGAUGCGCUCUUCUGCGUGUGCAAGAACGACGCGUCCCCGGCGGCGAUGCAGAAGGCCAUCGACUACGCCUGCGGCAAGGGCGCCGACUGCACCCAGAUCAUGCCCACCGGGCCCUGCAACAACCCGUCCACCAUCGUCGCCCACUGCUCCUACGCGUGCAACUCCUACUACCAGAAGAACGCUGGCAUGGGCGCCACCUGCGACUUCAUGGGCGUCGCCACCCUCACCGGCGCUGACCCCAGCGCCGGCGCCUGCAAGUACCCGGCAAGCGCAAGCGGCGUCGGCACCGGGACAGGCGUUGGGACCGGCGCCGGAGCUGGAACCGGAGCUGGAACCGGGAUGGGCACCGGCGCAACCCCCGGCGCGGGCAUGGGCACUGGUGCAGGCACCGGCGUGGGUACCGGGGCAGGAGGCAUGGGCGGCACUGGCGGCACCGUCCUGGCCCCGCCCGGCUCGACGAGCACCGGGAUGCCGGGGAGCCCAUUCGGCGGCGCGUACGGCCCGUCGGGCAACAGCAUGAGCCCCGACUACAGCCACGCAGUCGGCCGCCACGUCGCUGCCGCCGGUGCCUUGGUGGCGCCACUCCUCCUCCACUUCAUCUGA